AUGAAUGGAUUAAGUGAUUCUAGUGAUUCACAUGUAGAUGGAUUAAGUGAUUCUAGUGAUUCACAUGUUGAUGGAUUAAGUGAUUCACAUGUAGAUGGAUUAAGUGAUUCUAGUGAUUCACAUGUAGAUGGAUUAAGUGAUUCUAGUGAUUCACAUGUAGAUGGAUUAAGUGAUUCUAGUGAUUCACAUGUAGACAGUCUUUCUUUUUUUAUGAAUUCCCUUUUUGUGCACCCCGACGUAGAAGUUUUUAAUAAAAGUUCGUUCAUGGCAGCUGGAGAAGGGAAAGAGUCAUUUGCUUUACCCAUUAACACCUCCUUCAGGACAGAGUACCAAAGCUAUAUAAAUGAGCCUUCAGCGACGUCAUCUGCCCGAAUUGUGGUCAGAAGCGUGGACCCACGUGAAGGGUUAGGAUUGAUGCCAAGUCAAAGUACGAUUUCGGGCCGAUCUUACAAUGGAAAAACCAAAAAGGUUCUUGAGAAAACCAGCAGGCAAAGCCGUCAAUCUAUAGAUGGCAUAAUCAGCGGAAUUAUCAAACUUUUAGGGGGCAAUGUUAAUAUCAACCGACCUCGUCCAUUGGGUUCUCUCUUCCCUCAAAGGCCUAUUCGCCGACCCACGGUCACGAGGAUAAACAAUCGUGGCCCUCCAGACUUUGGAACGUAUCACCAAGGUUCGAUUGGUUAUCAUGUAGUUCCUACAAGGCCACAGCGACCAGGAAUAACCGACUUUUCUCUUCCACCACUUCCACCACCUUUCCAGACGAGUACCGCUUGGCAGUUCCCUGGGGUUGGAAAUAUAAGCAAAUUACUGGGGCUUAUUCCUUCUGAAAACCACGCGACGGACAACAAAGAAACCGAUUCUACAGUGUCAAACUUGUUAUUUGGCAGUGCAGAAACAAGUAUUACUAUUAUUCCAAACGAACCCGUGAAACCCACGUUGUCAGACUCGACCAUCACUUUGAAAACAUCUGAAACAAGUGAGGACUCAACUGUUAAUGAGACCAGUCUUACUUUCGAUGUGGAUAGCACAAAAACGGACUCUGGCUCGUAUUUUCUAACUACAAACUUACACAAUGACACCAAAGAACAGGUUCUGCUUAACUUAACCGAUAUGUCUGAUACAAUUAUUGAAAUAUUUUCUUCGUACAUUACAACUUCUUCCGUGUUUUCACAUUCGUCAUCUAUUGAUGAAACAUUCUCUACAGUUACCACCCCGGGUCUUCCAAACAUCUUCAGCAGUGAGUUGGACUUCUCGCCAGCUAUGUCUAGUUCUUCUGCUAAUGUUAAUAUAAGCGUUGCUCUGUCAAGUCAAAUAACAUAUGUGGAACAAACAGAGACCAUUGAAGAAGUAAGUUUGGAAGACGUUUCAGUUUUCCUUUCUUCGGCAUUUAUACCAUCACCAGUUUUGAAUACCAAUUCCGAUAGUAUAAUUAAUUUUGGGAAUAACAUUUCAGGUGGAAGUGAGGAUAGCCUAAGAAGCUCACCUUAUGUUCAGCCUACACCUGUAUUUCCUGAACCUAUUACAAACUGGACUAAACUAACAGUCCCUUCAGUUUUGGAACAUGGACCUAGCGUUUCAGUAAAUUCUUCCAGGGAUGAGGUUAAAGUGACCACAACAAACAUCUUGGUGCUGCCAAGUAGUGCAGUUUUAGAUGAUCUUGGAACUCGGUCCCACUCUUCAAUUCCAGUUGGUAACCCAAAGGAGCAUACUAACUUUCAGUCAUCCAAGGCAGAAUCAGACAUACCAGUGACCAUAUCAUCAAAAGAACCAGAAAUUGUUUACGGAAAGCCAUCCAGGCAAGUGCUGGCACCUGGAAUCAGCGGAACUAAAAUGUUGCCCUCAGAAACUAAAGUACCUAAAGAUGAAAUGUUUGUUAACCCUGCCAAGACUGAGCAGAUGAAAGCAAGUCCCACAUUGACCUCUAACUCUCAUUAUAUAUCUAGUUCUGGUGAACCUGAUCAACAAGAAAUUAGCGAUUUCCCCACAGGUCAGCCAUUCGUAGAAUCUGUGGAUGUUAAUGAUGUAAGACCACUUAGUGGUCAGUCACCUAGCAACUUUCCUAGUGGUUUCAAUCGUGGUCCACCGAGUGUUGCAGUACCAUCUCGUAUUUCAGGAGCUGGUCCUCACCAGGAAGGAACUCGUCCCUACCAUCCCCAAAAGCCUCAACCUAAUUCACCAUUCUUCGGAACUCCACCAGAACGUCCUUCUUUUCGUCCGAGGCCUAAUACGCCAAUUAUAAGGAUCGACACCUGUAUAGUUGGUGACGAGUCAACUUGUGACGUCACUCUCAAUGAACGAUGUAAAACUGUACUUGGUGUGAGCGCUUGCUACUGUCGGGCAGGGCACGCUCGAACUGUGCCACGUGGACCGUGUGCUCCCGUGGUAACGUUACAAGUGGCGUUACUUCUGGACCGAUAUGAUGGCCAAAGACUGACGUUUACCAGACUUUACCAGGACCCUAACAGUAAGCAGUAUCAGCGGUUGGAGUAUGAGGCAGAAAAAGGUUUGUCAUCCAUUAUUCAAUCUACAAAGCUUGGUCCAGAUUUCAAGGGAGUCAAGAUUAAUGCCUUCUCUCCUUAUGCGACUGGUGGGAUUCUCAUGAAUGUCACAGUGCAUUUGGAUGAAAGAGAAACUACCAGGACGACACUUAUCAAAGAAACUCUACGCAAGGAACUGUUAGAAGCUAUCGAGAAACAAAACCAAAACCUAGGAGGCAGUCAUUUAUACGUAGCAGAGUCUAAGAUCCAGUUCCUAUCGUUGAAGAUUUGGACGAAUGUGAUGAUCCCGAUCUUCAUGACUGCUCUGAGAAAAGCUCCUGUGAAAAUGAAUUUGGUUCUUUCCGCUGUGUGUGCAAGGCUGGUUUUAUGGACAAGUUCCCGGAUGAUAGGUGGAAGAGUGGUCGUUCUUGUUCUGUGUUUCCGUGAAUAUGUUGUCUUAAUCAAAACUCUGCGUCAAAAUAAACCAUUUGUGUCAGUCUUUUAUUAUUAA